AUGCUUCCGUGUCGUUCCAACCAAGCUCACCCAUUCCUUGAGGGUGGUGCUGCUUCGUUCGGUCUCAUGCAGUGCAACCUGUGCUCCUCUCAUGCAGUGCAACCUGUGCUCCUCUCAUGCAGUGCAACCUGUGCUCCUCUCAUGCAGUGCAACCUGUGCUCCUCUCAUGCAGUGCAACCUGUGCUCCUCUCAUGCAGUGCAACCUGUGCUCCUCUCAUGCAGUGCAACCUGUGCUCCUCUCAUGCAGUGCAACCUGUGCUCCUCUCAUGCAGUGCAACCUGUGCUCCUCUCAUGCAGUGCAACCUGUGCUCCUCUCAUGCAGUGCAACCUGUGCUCCUCUCAUGCAGUGCAACCUGUGCUCCUCUCAUGCAGUGCAACCUGUGCUCCUCUCAUGCAGUGCAACCUGUGCUCCUCUCAUGCAGUGCAACCUGUGCUCCUCUCAUGCAGUGCAACCUGUGCUCCUCUCAUGCAGUGCAACCUGUGCUCCUCUCAUGCAGUGCAACCUGUGCUCCUCUCAUGCAGUGCAACCUGUGCUCCUCUCAUGCAGUGCAACCUGUGCUCCUCUCAUGCAGUGCAACCUGUGCUCCUCUCAUGCAGUGCAACCUGUGCUCCUCUCAUGCAGUGCAACCUGUGCUCCUCUCAUGCAGUGCAACCUGUGCUCCUCUCAUGCAGUGCAACCUGUGCUCCUCUCAUGCAGUGCAACCUGUGCUCCUCUCAUGCAGUGCAACCUGUGCUCCUCUCAUGCAGUGCAACCUGUGCUCCUCUCAUGCAGUGCAACCUGUGCUCCUCUCAUGCAGUGCAACCUGUGCUCCUCUCAUGCAGUGCAACCUGUGCUCCUCUCAUGCAGUGCAACCUGUGCUCCUCUCAUGCAGUGCAACCUGUGCUCCUCUCAUGCAGUGCAACCUGUGCUCCUCUCAUGCAGUGCAACCUGUGCUCCUCUCAUGCAGUGCAACCUGUGCUCCUCUCAUGCAGUGCAACCUGUGCUCCUCUCAUGCAGUGCAACCUGUGCUCCUCUCAUGCAGUGCAACCUGUGCUCCUCUCAUGCAGUGCAACCUGUGCUCCUCUCAUGCAGUGCAACCUGUGCUCCUCUCAUGCAGUGCAACCUGUGCUCCUCUCAUGCAGUGCAACCUGUGCUCCUCUCAUGCAGUGCAACCUGUGCUCCUCUCAUGCAGUGCAACCUGUGCUCCUCUCAUGCAGUGCAACCUGUGCUCCUCUCAUGCAGUGCAACCUGUGCUCCUCUCAUGCAGUGCAACCUGUGCUCCUCUCAUGCAGUGCAACCUGUGCUCCUCUCAUGCAGUGCAACCUGUGCUCCUCUCAUGCAGUGCAACCUGUGCUCCUCUCAUGCAGUGCAACCUGUGCUCCUCUCAUGCAGUGCAACCUGUGCUCCUCUCAUGCAGUGCAACCUGUGCUCCUCUCAUGCAGUGCAACCUGUGCUCCUCUCAUGCAGUGCAACCUGUGCUCCUCUCAUGCAGUGCAACCUGUGCUCCUCUCAUGCAGUGCAACCUGUGCUCCUCUCAUGCAGUGCAACCUGUGCUCCUCUCAUGCAGUGCAACCUGUGCUCCUCUCAUGCAGUGCAACCUGUGCUCCUCUCAUGCAGUGCAACCUGUGCUCCUCUCAUGCAGUGCAACCUGUGCUCCUCUCAUGCAGUGCAACCUGUGCUCCUCUCAUGCAGUGCAACCUGUGCUCCUCUCAUGCAGUGCAACCUGUGCUCCUCUCAUGCAGUGCAACCUGUGCUCCUCUCAUGCAGUGCAACCUGUGCUCCUCUCAUGCAGUGCAACCUGUGCUCCUCUCAUGCAGUGCAACCUGUGCUCCUCUCAUGCAGUGCAACCUGUGCUCCUCUCAUGCAGUGCAACCUGUGCUCCUCUCAUGCAGUGCAACCUGUGCUCCUCUCAUGCAGUGCAACCUGUGCUCCUCUCAUGCAGUGCAACCUGUGCUCCUCUCAUGCAGUGCAACCUGUGCUCCUCUCAUGCAGUGCAACCUGUGCUCCUCUCAUGCAGUGCAACCUGUGCUCCUCUCAUGCAGUGCAACCUGUGCUCCUCUCAUGCAGUGCAACCUGUGCUCCUCUCAUGCAGUGCAACCUGUGCUCCUCUCAUGCAGUGCAACCUGUGCUCCUCUCAUGCAGUGCAACCUGUGCUCCUCUCAUGCAGUGCAACCUGUGCUCCUCUCAUGCAGUGCAACCUGUGCUCCUCUCAUGCAGUGCAACCUGUGCUCCUCUCAUGCAGUGCAACCUGUGCUCCUCUCAUGCAGUGCAACCUGUGCUCCUCUCAUGCAGUGCAACCUGUGCUCCUCUCAUGCAGUGCAACCUGUGCUCCUCUCAUGCAGUGCAACCUGUGCUCCUCUCAUGCAGUGCAACCUGUGCUCCUCUCAUGCAGUGCAACCUGUGCUCCUCUCAUGCAGUGCAACCUGUGCUCCUCUCAUGCAGUGCAACCUGUGCUCCUCUCAUGCAGUGCAACCUGUGCUCCUCUCAUGCAGUGCAACCUGUGCUCCUCUCAUGCAGUGCAACCUGUGCUCCUCUCAUGCAGUGCAACCUGUGCUCCUCUCAUGCAGUGCAACCUGUGCUCCUCUCAUGCAGUGCAACCUGUGCUCCUCUCAUGCAGUGCAACCUGUGCUCCUCUCAUGCAGUGCAACCUGUGCUCCUCUCAUGCAGUGCAACCUGUGCUCCUCUCAUGCAGUGCAACCUGUGCUCCUCUCAUGCAGUGCAACCUGUGCUCCUCUCAUGCAGUGCAACCUGUGCUCCUCUCAUGCAGUGCAACCUGUGCUCCUCUCAUGCAGUGCAACCUGUGCUCCUCUCAUGCAGUGCAACCUGUGCUCCUCUCAUGCAGUGCAACCUGUGCUCCUCUCAUGCAGUGCAACCUGUGCUCCUCUCAUGCAGUGCAACCUGUGCUCCUCUCAUGCAGUGCAACCUGUGCUCCUCUCAUGCAGUGCAACCUGUGCUCCUCUCAUGCAGUGCAACCUGUGCUCCUCUCAUGCAGUGCAACCUGUGCUCCUCUCAUGCAGUGCAACCUGUGCUCCUCUCAUGCAGUGCAACCUGUGCUCCUCUCAUGCAGUGCAACCUGUGCUCCUCUCAUGCAGUGCAACCUGUGCUCCUCUCAUGCAGUGCAACCUGUGCUCCUCUCAUGCAGUGCAACCUGUGCUCCUCUCAUGCAGUGCAACCUGUGCUCCUCUCAUGCAGUGCAACCUGUGCUCCUCUCAUGCAGUGCAACCUGUGCUCCUCUCAUGCAGUGCAACCUGUGCUCCUCUCAUGCAGUGCAACCUGUGCUCCUCUCAUGCAGUGCAACCUGUGCUCCUCUCAUGCAGUGCAACCUGUGCUCCUCUCAUGCAGUGCAACCUGUGCUCCUCUCAUGCAGUGCAACCUGUGCUCCUCUCAUGCAGUGCAACCUGUGCUCCUCUCAUGCAGUGCAACCUGUGCUCCUCUCAUGCAGUGCAACCUGUGCUCCUCUCAUGCAGUGCAACCUGUGCUCCUCUCAUGCAGUGCAACCUGUGCUCCUCUCAUGCAGUGCAACCUGUGCUCCUCUCAUGCAGUGCAACCUGUGCUCCUCUCAUGCAGUGCAACCUGUGCUCCUCUCAUGCAGUGCAACCUGUGCUCCUCUCAUGCAGUGCAACCUGUGCUCCUCUCAUGCAGUGCAACCUGUGCUCCUCUCAUGCAGUGCAACCUGUGCUCCUCUCAUGCAGUGCAACCUGUGCUCCUCUCAUGCAGUGCAACCUGUGCUCCUCUCAUGCAGUGCAACCUGUGCUCCUCUCAUGCAGUGCAACCUGUGCUCCUCUCAUGCAGUGCAACCUGUGCUCCUCUCAUGCAGUGCAACCUGUGCUCCUCUCAUGCAGUGCAACCUGUGCUCCUCUCAUGCAGUGCAACCUGUGCUCCUCUCAUGCAGUGCAACCUGUGCUCCUCUCAUGCAGUGCAACCUGUGCUCCUCUCAUGCAGUGCAACCUGUGCUCCUCUCAUGCAGUGCAACCUGUGCUCCUCUCAUGCAGUGCAACCUGUGCUCCUCUCAUGCAGUGCAACCUGUGCUCCUCUCAUGCAGUGCAACCUGUGCUCCUCUCAUGCAGUGCAACCUGUGCUCCUCUCAUGCAGUGCAACCUGUGCUCCUCUCAUGCAGUGCAACCUGUGCUCCUCUCAUGCAGUGCAACCUGUGCUCCUCUCAUGCAGUGCAACCUGUGCUCCUCUCAUGCAGUGCAACCUGUGCUCCUCUCAUGCAGUGCAACCUGUGCUCCUCUCAUGCAGUGCAACCUGUGCUCCUCUCAUGCAGUGCAACCUGUGCUCCUCUCAUGCAGUGCAACCUGUGCUCCUCUCAUGCAGUGCAACCUGUGCUCCUCUCAUGCAGUGCAACCUGUGCUCCUCUCAUGCAGUGCAACCUGUGCUCCUCUCAUGCAGUGCAACCUGUGCUCCUCUCAUGCAGUGCAACCUGUGCUCCUCUCAUGCAGUGCAACCUGUGCUCCUCUCAUGCAGUGCAACCUGUGCUCCUCUCAUGCAGUGCAACCUGUGCUCCUCUCAUGCAGUGCAACCUGUGCUCCUCUCAUGCAGUGCAACCUGUGCUCCUCUCAUGCAGUGCAACCUGUGCUCCUCUCAUGCAGUGCAACCUGUGCUCCUCUCAUGCAGUGCAACCUGUGCUCCUCUCAUGCAGUGCAACCUGUGCUCCUCUCAUGCAGUGCAACCUGUGCUCCUCUCAUGCAGUGCAACCUGUGCUCCUCUCAUGCAGUGCAACCUGUGCUCCUCUCAUGCAGUGCAACCUGUGCUCCUCUCAUGCAGUGCAACCUGUGCUCCUCUCAUGCAGUGCAACCUGUGCUCCUCUCAUGCAGUGCAACCUGUGCUCCUCUCAUGCAGUGCAACCUGUGCUCCUCUCAUGCAGUGCAACCUGUGCUCCUCUCAUGCAGUGCAACCUGUGCUCCUCUCAUGCAGUGCAACCUGUGCUCCUCUCAUGCAGUGCAACCUGUGCUCCUCUCAUGCAGUGCAACCUGUGCUCCUCUCAUGCAGUGCAACCUGUGCUCCUCUCAUGCAGUGCAACCUGUGCUCCUCUCAUGCAGUGCAACCUGUGCUCCUCUCAUGCAGUGCAACCUGUGCUCCUCUCAUGCAGUGCAACCUGUGCUCCUCUCAUGCAGUGCAACCUGUGCUCCUCUCAUGCAGUGCAACCUGUGCUCCUCUCAUGCAGUGCAACCUGUGCUCCUCUCAUGCAGUGCAACCUGUGCUCCUCUCAUGCAGUGCAACCUGUGCUCCUCUCAUGCAGUGCAACCUGUGCUCCUCUCAUGCAGUGCAACCUGUGCUCCUCUCAUGCAGUGCAACCUGUGCUCCUCUCAUGCAGUGCAACCUGUGCUCCUCUCAUGCAGUGCAACCUGUGCUCCUCUCAUGCAGUGCAACCUGUGCUCCUCUCAUGCAGUGCAACCUGUGCUCCUCUCAUGCAGUGCAACCUGUGCUCCUCUCAUGCAGUGCAACCUGUGCUCCUCUCAUGCAGUGCAACCUGUGCUCCUCUCAUGCAGUGCAACCUGUGCUCCUCUCAUGCAGUGCAACCUGUGCUCCUCUCAUGCAGUGCAACCUGUGCUCCUCUCAUGCAGUGCAACCUGUGCUCCUCUCAUGCAGUGCAACCUGUGCUCCUCUCAUGCAGUGCAACCUGUGCUCCUCUCAUGCAGUGCAACCUGUGCUCCUCUCAUGCAGUGCAACCUGUGCUCCUCUCAUGCAGUGCAACCUGUGCUCCUCUCAUGCAGUGCAACCUGUGCUCCUCUCAUGCAGUGCAACCUGUGCUCCUCUCAUGCAGUGCAACCUGUGCUCCUCUCAUGCAGUGCAACCUGUGCUCCUCUCAUGCAGUGCAACCUGUGCUCCUCUCAUGCAGUGCAACCUGUGCUCCUCUCAUGCAGUGCAACCUGUGCUCCUCUCAUGCAGUGCAACCUGUGCUCCUCUCAUGCAGUGCAACCUGUGCUCCUCUCAUGCAGUGCAACCUGUGCUCCUCUCAUGCAGUGCAACCUGUGCUCCUCUCAUGCAGUGCAACCUGUGCUCCUCUCAUGCAGUGCAACCUGUGCUCCUCUCAUGCAGUGCAACCUGUGCUCCUCUCAUGCAGUGCAACCUGUGCUCCUCUCAUGCAGUGCAACCUGUGCUCCUCUCAUGCAGUGCAACCUGUGCUCCUCUCAUGCAGUGCAACCUGUGCUCCUCUCAUGCAGUGCAACCUGUGCUCCUCUCAUGCAGUGCAACCUGUGCUCCUCUCAUGCAGUGCAACCUGUGCUCCUCUCAUGCAGUGCAACCUGUGCUCCUCUCAUGCAGUGCAACCUGUGCUCCUCUCAUGCAGUGCAACCUGUGCUCCUCUCAUGCAGUGCAACCUGUGCUCCUCUCAUGCAGUGCAACCUGUGCUCCUCUCAUGCAGUGCAACCUGUGCUCCUCUCAUGCAGUGCAACCUGUGCUCCUCUCAUGCAGUGCAACCUGUGCUCCUCUCAUGCAGUGCAACCUGUGCUCCUCUCAUGCAGUGCAACCUGUGCUCCUCUCAUGCAGUGCAACCUGUGCUCCUCUCAUGCAGUGCAACCUGUGCUCCUCUCAUGCAGUGCAACCUGUGCUCCUCUCAUGCAGUGCAACCUGUGCUCCUCUCAUGCAGUGCAACCUGUGCUCCUCUCAUGCAGUGCAACCUGUGCUCCUCUCAUGCAGUGCAACCUGUGCUCCUCUCAUGCAGUGCAACCUGUGCUCCUCUCAUGCAGUGCAACCUGUGCUCCUCUCAUGCAGUGCAACCUGUGCUCCUCUCAUGCAGUGCAACCUGUGCUCCUCUCAUGCAGUGCAACCUGUGCUCCUCUCAUGCAGUGCAACCUGUGCUCCUCUCAUGCAGUGCAACCUGUGCUCCUCUCAUGCAGUGCAACCUGUGCUCCUCUCAUGCAGUGCAACCUUGCAACCUGUGCUCCUCUCAUGCAGUGCAACCUGUGCUCCUCUCAUGCAGUGCAACCUGUGCUCCUCUCAUGCAGUGCAACCUGUGCUCCUCUCAUGCAGUGCAACCUGUGCUCCUCUCAUGCAGUGCAACCUGUGCUCCUCUCAUGCAGUGCAACCUGUGCUCCUCUCAUGCAGUGCAACCUGUGCUCCUCUCAUGCAGUGCAACCUGUGCUCCUCUCAUGCAGUGCAACCUGUGCUCCUCUCAUGCAGUGCAACCUGUGCUCCUCUCAUGCAGUGCAACCUGUGCUCCUCUCAUGCAGUGCAACCUGUGCUCCUCUCAUGCAGUGCAACCUGUGCUCCUCUCAUGCAGUGCAACCUGUGCUCCUCUCAUGCAGUGCAACCUGUGCUCCUCUCAUGCAGUGCAACCUGUGCUCCUCUCAUGCAGUGCAACCUGUGCUCCUCUCAUGCAGUGCAACCUGUGCUCCUCUCAUGCAGUGCAACCUGUGCUCCUCUCAUGCAGUGCAACCUGUGCUCCUCUCAUGCAGUGCAACCUGUGCUCCUCUCAUGCAGUGCAACCUGUGCUCCUCUCAUGCAGUGCAACCUGUGCUCCUCUCAUGCAGUGCAACCUGUGCUCCUCUCAUGCAGUGCAACCUGUGCUCCUCUCAUGCAGUGCAACCUGUGCUCCUCUCAUGCAGUGCAACCUGUGCUCCUCUCAUGCAGUGCAACCUGUGCUCCUCUCAUGCAGUGCAACCUGUGCUCCUCUCAUGCAGUGCAACCUGUGCUCCUCUCAUGCAGUGCAACCUGUGCUCCUCUCAUGCAGUGCAACCUGUGCUCCUCUCAUGCAGUGCAACCUGUGCUCCUCUCAUGCAGUGCAACCUGUGCUCCUCUCAUGCAGUGCAACCUGUGCUCCUCUCAUGCAGUGCAACCUGUGCUCCUCUCAUGCAGUGCAACCUGUGCUCCUCUCAUGCAGUGCAACCUGUGCUCCUCUCAUGCAGUGCAACCUGUGCUCCUCUCAUGCAGUGCAACCUGUGCUCCUCUCAUGCAGUGCAACCUGUGCUCCUCUCAUGCAGUGCAACCUGUGCUCCUCUCAUGCAGUGCAACCUGUGCUCCUCUCAUGCAGUGCAACCUGUGCUCCUCUCAUGCAGUGCAACCUGUGCUCCUCUCAUGCAGUGCAACCUGUGCUCCUCUCAUGCAGUGCAACCUGUGCUCCUCUCAUGCAGUGCAACCUGUGCUCCUCUCAUGCAGUGCAACCUGUGCUCCUCUCAUGCAGUGCAACCUGUGCUCCUCUCAUGCAGUGCAACCUGUGCUCCUCUCAUGCAGUGCAACCUGUGCUCCUCUCAUGCAGUGCAACCUGUGCUCCUCUCAUGCAGUGCAACCUGUGCUCCUCUCAUGCAGUGCAACCUGUGCUCCUCUCAUGCAGUGCAACCUGUGCUCCUCUCAUGCAGUGCAACCUGUGCUCCUCUCAUGCAGUGCAACCUGUGCUCCUCUCAUGCAGUGCAACCUGUGCUCCUCUCAUGCAGUGCAACCUGUGCUCCUCUCAUGCAGUGCAACCUGUGCUCCUCUCAUGCAGUGCAACCUGUGCUCCUCUCAUGCAGUGCAACCUGUGCUCCUCUCAUGCAGUGCAACCUGUGCUCCUCUCAUGCAGUGCAACCUGUGCUCCUCUCAUGCAGUGCAACCUGUGCUCCUCUCAUGCAGUGCAACCUGUGCUCCUCUCAUGCAGUGCAACCUGUGCUCCUCUCAUGCAGUGCAACCUGUGCUCCUCUCAUGCAGUGCAACCUGUGCUCCUCUCAUGCAGUGCAACCUGUGCUCCUCUCAUGCAGUGCAACCUGUGCUCCUCUCAUGCAGUGCAACCUGUGCUCCUCUCAUGCAGUGCAACCUGUGCUCCUCUCAUGCAGUGCAACCUGUGCUCCUCUCAUGCAGUGCAACCUGUGCUCCUCUCAUGCAGUGCAACCUGUGCUCCUCUCAUGCAGUGCAACCUGUGCUCCUCUCAUGCAGUGCAACCUGUGCUCCUCUCAUGCAGUGCAACCUGUGCUCCUCUCAUGCAGUGCAACCUGUGCUCCUCUCAUGCAGUGCAACCUGUGCUCCUCUCAUGCAGUGCAACCUGUGCUCCUCUCAUGCAGUGCAACCUGUGCUCCUCUCAUGCAGUGCAACCUGUGCUCCUCUCAUGCAGUGCAACCUGUGCUCCUCUCAUGCAGUGCAACCUGUGCUCCUCUCAUGCAGUGCAACCUGUGCUCCUCUCAUGCAGUGCAACCUGUGCUCCUCUCAUGCAGUGCAACCUGUGCUCCUCUCAUGCAGUGCAACCUGUGCUCCUCUCAUGCAGUGCAACCUGUGCUCCUCUCAUGCAGUGCAACCUGUGCUCCUCUCAUGCAGUGCAACCUGUGCUCCUCUCAUGCAGUGCAACCUGUGCUCCUCUCAUGCAGUGCAACCUGUGCUCCUCUCAUGCAGUGCAACCUGUGCUCCUCUCAUGCAGUGCAACCUGUGCUCCUCUCAUGCAGUGCAACCUGUGCUCCUCUCAUGCAGUGCAACCUGUGCUCCUCUCAUGCAGUGCAACCUGUGCUCCUCUCAUGCAGUGCAACCUGUGCUCCUCUCAUGCAGUGCAACCUGUGCUCCUCUCAUGCAGUGCAACCUGUGCUCCUCUCAUGCAGUGCAACCUGUGCUCCUCUCAUGCAGUGCAACCUGUGCUCCUCUCAUGCAGUGCAACCUGUGCUCCUCUCAUGCAGUGCAACCUGUGCUCCUCUCAUGCAGUGCAACCUGUGCUCCUCUCAUGCAGUGCAACCUGUGCUCCUCUCAUGCAGUGCAACCUGUGCUCCUCUCAUGCAGUGCAACCUGUGCUCCUCUCAUGCAGUGCAACCUGUGCUCCUCUCAUGCAGUGCAACCUGUGCUCCUCUCAUGCAGUGCAACCUGUGCUCCUCUCAUGCAGUGCAACCUGUGCUCCUCUCAUGCAGUGCAACCUGUGCUCCUCUCAUGCAGUGCAACCUGUGCUCCUCUCAUGCAGUGCAACCUGUGCUCCUCUCAUGCAGUGCAACCUGUGCUCCUCUCAUGCAGUGCAACCUGUGCUCCUCUCAUGCAGUGCAACCUGUGCUCCUCUCAUGCAGUGCAACCUGUGCUCCUCUCAUGCAGUGCAACCUGUGCUCCUCUCAUGCAGUGCAACCUGUGCUCCUCUCAUGCAGUGCAACCUGUGCUCCUCUCAUGCAGUGCAACCUGUGCUCCUCUCAUGCAGUGCAACCUGUGCUCCUCUCAUGCAGUGCAACCUGUGCUCCUCUCAUGCAGUGCAACCUGUGCUCCUCUCAUGCAGUGCAACCUGUGCUCCUCUCAUGCAGUGCAACCUGUGCUCCUCUCAUGCAGUGCAACCUGUGCUCCUCUCAUGCAGUGCAACCUGUGCUCCUCUCAUGCAGUGCAACCUGUGCUCCUCUCAUGCAGUGCAACCUGUGCUCCUCUCAUGCAGUGCAACCUGUGCUCCUCUCAUGCAGUGCAACCUGUGCUCCUCUCAUGCAGUGCAACCUGUGCUCCUCUCAUGCAGUGCAACCUGUGCUCCUCUCAUGCAGUGCAACCUGUGCUCCUCUCAUGCAGUGCAACCUGUGCUCCUCUCAUGCAGUGCAACCUGUGCUCCUCUCAUGCAGUGCAACCUGUGCUCCUCUCAUGCAGUGCAACCUGUGCUCCUCUCAUGCAGUGCAACCUGUGCUCCUCUCAUGCAGUGCAACCUGUGCUCCUCUCAUGCAGUGCAACCUGUGCUCCUCUCAUGCAGUGCAACCUGUGCUCCUCUCAUGCAGUGCAACCUGUGCUCCUCUCAUGCAGUGCAACCUGUGCUCCUCUCAUGCAGUGCAACCUGUGCUCCUCUCAUGCAGUGCAACCUGUGCUCCUCUCAUGCAGUGCAACCUGUGCUCCUCUCAUGCAGUGCAACCUGUGCUCCUCUCAUGCAGUGCAACCUGUGCUCCUCUCAUGCAGUGCAACCUGUGCUCCUCUCAUGCAGUGCAACCUGUGCUCCUCUCAUGCAGUGCAACCUGUGCUCCUCUCAUGCAGUGCAACCUGUGCUCCUCUCAUGCAGUGCAACCUGUGCUCCUCUCAUGCAGUGCAACCUGUGCUCCUCUCAUGCAGUGCAACCUGUGCUCCUCUCAUGCAGUGCAACCUGUGCUCCUCUCAUGCAGUGCAACCUGUGCUCCUCUCAUGCAGUGCAACCUGUGCUCCUCUCAUGCAGUGCAACCUGUGCUCCUCUCAUGCAGUGCAACCUGUGCUCCUCUCAUGCAGUGCAACCUGUGCUCCUCUCAUGCAGUGCAACCUGUGCUCCUCUCAUGCAGUGCAACCUGUGCUCCUCUCAUGCAGUGCAACCUGUGCUCCUCUCAUGCAGUGCAACCUGUGCUCCUCUCAUGCAGUGCAACCUGUGCUCCUCUCAUGCAGUGCAACCUGUGCUCCUCUCAUGCAGUGCAACCUGUGCUCCUCUCAUGCAGUGCAACCUGUGCUCCUCUCAUGCAGUGCAACCUGUGCUCCUCUCAUGCAGUGCAACCUGUGCUCCUCUCAUGCAGUGCAACCUGUGCUCCUCUCAUGCAGUGCAACCUGUGCUCCUCUCAUGCAGUGCAACCUGUGCUCCUCUCAUGCAGUGCAACCUGUGCUCCUCUCAUGCAGUGCAACCUGUGCUCCUCUCAUGCAGUGCAACCUGUGCUCCUCUCAUGCAGUGCAACCUGUGCUCCUCUCAUGCAGUGCAACCUGUGCUCCUCUCAUGCAGUGCAACCUGUGCUCCUCUCAUGCAGUGCAACCUGUGCUCCUCUCAUGCAGUGCAACCUGUGCUCCUCUCAUGCAGUGCAACCUGUGCUCCUCUCAUGCAGUGCAACCUGUGCUCCUCUCAUGCAGUGCAACCUGUGCUCCUCUCAUGCAGUGCAACCUGUGCUCCUCUCAUGCAGUGCAACCUGUGCUCCUCUCAUGCAGUGCAACCUGUGCUCCUCUCAUGCAGUGCAACCUGUGCUCCUCUCAUGCAGUGCAACCUGUGCUCCUCUCAUGCAGUGCAACCUGUGCUCCUCUCAUGCAGUGCAACCUGUGCUCCUCUCAUGCAGUGCAACCUGUGCUCCUCUCAUGCAGUGCAACCUGUGCUCCUCUCAUGCAGUGCAACCUGUGCUCCUCUCAUGCAGUGCAACCUGUGCUCCUCUCAUGCAGUGCAACCUGUGCUCCUCUCAUGCAGUGCAACCUGUGCUCCUCUCAUGCAGUGCAACCUGUGCUCCUCUCAUGCAGUGCAACCUGUGCUCCUCUCAUGCAGUGCAACCUGUGCUCCUCUCAUGCAGUGCAACCUGUGCUCCUCUCAUGCAGUGCAACCUGUGCUCCUCUCAUGCAGUGCAACCUGUGCUCCUCUCAUGCAGUGCAACCUGUGCUCCUCUCAUGCAGUGCAACCUGUGCUCCUCUCAUGCAGUGCAACCUGUGCUCCUCUCAUGCAGUGCAACCUGUGCUCCUCUCAUGCAGUGCAACCUGUGCUCCUCUCAUGCAGUGCAACCUGUGCUCCUCUCAUGCAGUGCAACCUGUGCUCCUCUCAUGCAGUGCAACCUGUGCUCCUCUCAUGCAGUGCAACCUGUGCUCCUCUCAUGCAGUGCAACCUGUGCUCCUCUCAUGCAGUGCAACCUGUGCUCCUCUCAUGCAGUGCAACCUGUGCUCCUCUCAUGCAGUGCAACCUGUGCUCCUCUCAUGCAGUGCAACCUGUGCUCCUCUCAUGCAGUGCAACCUGUGCUCCUCUCAUGCAGUGCAACCUGUGCUCCUCUCAUGCAGUGCAACCUGUGCUCCUCUCAUGCAGUGCAACCUGUGCUCCUCUCAUGCAGUGCAACCUGUGCUCCUCUCAUGCAGUGCAACCUGUGCUCCUCUCAUGCAGUGCAACCUGUGCUCCUCUCAUGCAGUGCAACCUGUGCUCCUCUCAUGCAGUGCAACCUGUGCUCCUCUCAUGCAGUGCAACCUGUGCUCCUCUCAUGCAGUGCAACCUGUGCUCCUCUCAUGCAGUGCAACCUGUGCUCCUCUCAUGCAGUGCAACCUGUGCUCCUCUCAUGCAGUGCAACCUGUGCUCCUCUCAUGCAGUGCAACCUGUGCUCCUCUCAUGCAGUGCAACCUGUGCUCCUCUCAUGCAGUGCAACCUGUGCUCCUCUCAUGCAGUGCAACCUGUGCUCCUCUCAUGCAGUGCAACCUGUGCUCCUCUCAUGCAGUGCAACCUGUGCUCCUCUCAUGCAGUGCAACCUGUGCUCCUCUCAUGCAGUGCAACCUGUGCUCCUCUCAUGCAGUGCAACCUGUGCUCCUCUCAUGCAGUGCAACCUGUGCUCCUCUCAUGCAGUGCAACCUGUGCUCCUCUCAUGCAGUGCAACCUGUGCUCCUCUCAUGCAGUGCAACCUGUGCUCCUCUCAUGCAGUGCAACCUGUGCUCCUCUCAUGCAGUGCAACCUGUGCUCCUCUCAUGCAGUGCAACCUGUGCUCCUCUCAUGCAGUGCAACCUGUGCUCCUCUCAUGCAGUGCAACCUGUGCUCCUCUCAUGCAGUGCAACCUGUGCUCCUCUCAUGCAGUGCAACCUGUGCUCCUCUCAUGCAGUGCAACCUGUGCUCCUCUCAUGCAGUGCAACCUGUGCUCCUCUCAUGCAGUGCAACCUGUGCUCCUCUCAUGCAGUGCAACCUGUGCUCCUCUCAUGCAGUGCAACCUGUGCUCCUCUCAUGCAGUGCAACCUGUGCUCCUCUCAUGCAGUGCAACCUGUGCUCCUCUCAUGCAGUGCAACCUGUGCUCCUCUCAUGCAGUGCAACCUGUGCUCCUCUCAUGCAGUGCAACCUGUGCUCCUCUCAUGCAGUGCAACCUGUGCUCCUCUCAUGCAGUGCAACCUGUGCUCCUCUCAUGCAGUGCAACCUGUGCUCCUCUCAUGCAGUGCAACCUGUGCUCCUCUCAUGCAGUGCAACCUGUGCUCCUCUCAUGCAGUGCAACCUGUGCUCCUCUCAUGCAGUGCAACCUGUGCUCCUCUCAUGCAGUGCAACCUGUGCUCCUCUCAUGCAGUGCAACCUGUGCUCCUCUCAUGCAGUGCAACCUGUGCUCCUCUCAUGCAGUGCAACCUGUGCUCCUCUCAUGCAGUGCAACCUGUGCUCCUCUCAUGCAGUGCAACCUGUGCUCCUCUCAUGCAGUGCAACCUGUGCUCCUCUCAUGCAGUGCAACCUGUGCUCCUCUCAUGCAGUGCAACCUGUGCUCCUCUCAUGCAGUGCAACCUGUGCUCCUCUCAUGCAGUGCAACCUGUGCUCCUCUCAUGCAGUGCAACCUGUGCUCCUCUCAUGCAGUGCAACCUGUGCUCCUCUCAUGCAGUGCAACCUGUGCUCCUCUCAUGCAGUGCAACCUGUGCUCCUCUCAUGCAGUGCAACCUGUGCUCCUCUCAUGCAGUGCAACCUGUGCUCCUCUCAUGCAGUGCAACCUGUGCUCCUCUCAUGCAGUGCAACCUGUGCUCCUCUCAUGCAGUGCAACCUGUGCUCCUCUCAUGCAGUGCAACCUGUGCUCCUCUCAUGCAGUGCAACCUGUGCUCCUCUCAUGCAGUGCAACCUGUGCUCCUCUCAUGCAGUGCAACCUGUGCUCCUCUCAUGCAGUGCAACCUGUGCUCCUCUCAUGCAGUGCAACCUGUGCUCCUCUCAUGCAGUGCAACCUGUGCUCCUCUCAUGCAGUGCAACCUGUGCUCCUCUCAUGCAGUGCAACCUGUGCUCCUCUCAUGCAGUGCAACCUGUGCUCCUCUCAUGCAGUGCAACCUGUGCUCCUCUCAUGCAGUGCAACCUGUGCUCCUCUCAUGCAGUGCAACCUGUGCUCCUCUCAUGCAGUGCAACCUGUGCUCCUCUCAUGCAGUGCAACCUGUGCUCCUCUCAUGCAGUGCAACCUGUGCUCCUCUCAUGCAGUGCAACCUGUGCUCCUCUCAUGCAGUGCAACCUGUGCUCCUCUCAUGCAGUGCAACCUGUGCUCCUCUCAUGCAGUGCAACCUGUGCUCCUCUCAUGCAGUGCAACCUGUGCUCCUCUCAUGCAGUGCAACCUGUGCUCCUCUCAUGCAGUGCAACCUGUGCUCCUCUCAUGCAGUGCAACCUGUGCUCCUCUCAUGCAGUGCAACCUGUGCUCCUCUCAUGCAGUGCAACCUGUGCUCCUCUCAUGCAGUGCAACCUGUGCUCCUCUCAUGCAGUGCAACCUGUGCUCCUCUCAUGCAGUGCAACCUGUGCUCCUCUCAUGCAGUGCAACCUGUGCUCCUCUCAUGCAGUGCAACCUGUGCUCCUCUCAUGCAGUGCAACCUGUGCUCCUCUCAUGCAGUGCAACCUGUGCUCCUCUCAUGCAGUGCAACCUGUGCUCCUCUCAUGCAGUGCAACCUGUGCUCCUCUCAUGCAGUGCAACCUGUGCUCCUCUCAUGCAGUGCAACCUGUGCUCCUCUCAUGCAGUGCAACCUGUGCUCCUCUCAUGCAGUGCAACCUGUGCUCCUCUCAUGCAGUGCAACCUGUGCUCCUCUCAUGCAGUGCAACCUGUGCUCCUCUCAUGCAGUGCAACCUGUGCUCCUCUCAUGCAGUGCAACCUGUGCUCCUCUCAUGCAGUGCAACCUGUGCUCCUCUCAUGCAGUGCAACCUGUGCUCCUCUCAUGCAGUGCAACCUGUGCUCCUCUCAUGCAGUGCAACCUGUGCUCCUCUCAUGCAGUGCAACCUGUGCUCCUCUCAUGCAGUGCAACCUGUGCUCCUCUCAUGCAGUGCAACCUGUGCUCCUCUCAUGCAGUGCAACCUGUGCUCCUCUCAUGCAGUGCAACCUGUGCUCCUCUCAUGCAGUGCAACCUGUGCUCCUCUCAUGCAGUGCAACCUGUGCUCCUCUCAUGCAGUGCAACCUGUGCUCCUCUCAUGCAGUGCAACCUGUGCUCCUCUCAUGCAGUGCAACCUGUGCUCCUCUCAUGCAGUGCAACCUGUGCUCCUCUCAUGCAGUGCAACCUGUGCUCCUCUCAUGCAGUGCAACCUGUGCUCCUCUCAUGCAGUGCAACCUGUGCUCCUCUCAUGCAGUGCAACCUGUGCUCCUCUCAUGCAGUGCAACCUGUGCUCCUCUCAUGCAGUGCAACCUGUGCUCCUCUCAUGCAGUGCAACCUGUGCUCCUCUCAUGCAGUGCAACCUGUGCUCCUCUCAUGCAGUGCAACCUGUGCUCCUCUCAUGCAGUGCAACCUGUGCUCCUCUCAUGCAGUGCAACCUGUGCUCCUCUCAUGCAGUGCAACCUGUGCUCCUCUCAUGCAGUGCAACCUGUGCUCCUCUCAUGCAGUGCAACCUGUGCUCCUCUCAUGCAGUGCAACCUGUGCUCCUCUCAUGCAGUGCAACCUGUGCUCCUCUCAUGCAGUGCAACCUGUGCUCCUCUCAUGCAGUGCAACCUGUGCUCCUCUCAUGCAGUGCAACCUGUGCUCCUCUCAUGCAGUGCAACCUGUGCUCCUCUCAUGCAGUGCAACCUGUGCUCCUCUCAUGCAGUGCAACCUGUGCUCCUCUCAUGCAGUGCAACCUGUGCUCCUCUCAUGCAGUGCAACCUGUGCUCCUCUCAUGCAGUGCAACCUGUGCUCCUCUCAUGCAGUGCAACCUGUGCUCCUCUCAUGCAGUGCAACCUGUGCUCCUCUCAUGCAGUGCAACCUGUGCUCCUCUCAUGCAGUGCAACCUGUGCUCCUCUCAUGCAGUGCAACCUGUGCUCCUCUCAUGCAGUGCAACCUGUGCUCCUCUCAUGCAGUGCAACCUGUGCUCCUCUCAUGCAGUGCAACCUGUGCUCCUCUCAUGCAGUGCAACCUGUGCUCCUCUCAUGCAGUGCAACCUGUGCUCCUCUCAUGCAGUGCAACCUGUGCUCCUCUCAUGCAGUGCAACCUGUGCUCCUCUCAUGCAGUGCAACCUGUGCUCCUCUCAUGCAGUGCAACCUGUGCUCCUCUCAUGCAGUGCAACCUGUGCUCCUCUCAUGCAGUGCAACCUGUGCUCCUCUCAUGCAGUGCAACCUGUGCUCCUCUCAUGCAGUGCAACCUGUGCUCCUCUCAUGCAGUGCAACCUGUGCUCCUCUCAUGCAGUGCAACCUGUGCUCCUCUCAUGCAGUGCAACCUGUGCUCCUCUCAUGCAGUGCAACCUGUGCUCCUCUCAUGCAGUGCAACCUGUGCUCCUCUCAUGCAGUGCAACCUGUGCUCCUCUCAUGCAGUGCAACCUGUGCUCCUCUCAUGCAGUGCAACCUGUGCUCCUCUCAUGCAGUGCAACCUGUGCUCCUCUCAUGCAGUGCAACCUGUGCUCCUCUCAUGCAGUGCAACCUGUGCUCCUCUCAUGCAGUGCAACCUGUGCUCCUCUCAUGCAGUGCAACCUGUGCUCCUCUCAUGCAGUGCAACCUGUGCUCCUCUCAUGCAGUGCAACCUGUGCUCCUCUCAUGCAGUGCAACCUGUGCUCCUCUCAUGCAGUGCAACCUGUGCUCCUCUCAUGCAGUGCAACCUGUGCUCCUCUCAUGCAGUGCAACCUGUGCUCCUCUCAUGCAGUGCAACCUGUGCUCCUCUCAUGCAGUGCAACCUGUGCUCCUCUCAUGCAGUGCAACCUGUGCUCCUCUCAUGCAGUGCAACCUGUGCUCCUCUCAUGCAGUGCAACCUGUGCUCCUCUCAUGCAGUGCAACCUGUGCUCCUCUCAUGCAGUGCAACCUGUGCUCCUCUCAUGCAGUGCAACCUGUGCUCCUCUCAUGCAGUGCAACCUGUGCUCCUCUCAUGCAGUGCAACCUGUGCUCCUCUCAUGCAGUGCAACCUGUGCUCCUCUCAUGCAGUGCAAACCUGUGCUCCUCUCAUGCAGUGCAACCUGUGCUCCUCUCAUGCAGUGCAACCUGUGCUCCUCUCAUGCAGUGCAACCUGUGCUCCUCUCAUGCAGUGCAACCUGUGCUCCUCUCAUGCAGUGCAACCUGUGCUCCUCUCAUGCAGUGCAACCUGUGCUCCUCUCAUGCAGUGCAACCUGUGCUCCUCUCAUGCAGUGCAACCUGUGCUCCUCUCAUGCAGUGCAACCUGUGCUCCUCUCAUGCAGUGCAACCUGUGCUCCUCUCAUGCAGUGCAACCUGUGCUCCUCUCAUGCAGUGCAAACCUGUGCUCCUCUCAUGCAGUGCAACCUGUGCUCCUCUCAUGCAGUGCAACCUGUGCUCCUCUCAUGCAGUGCAACCUGUGCUCCUCUCAUGCAGUGCAACCUGUGCUCCUCUCAUGCAGUGCAACCUGUGCUCCUCUCAUGCAGUGCAACCUGUGCUCCUCUCAUGCAGUGCAACCUGUGCUCCUCUCAUGCAGUGCAACCUGUGCUCCUCUCAUGCAGUGCAACCUGUGCUCCUCUCAUGCAGUGCAACCUGUGCUCCUCUCAUGCAGUGCAACCUGUGCUCCUCUCAUGCAGUGCAACCUGUGCUCCUCUCAUGCAGUGCAACCUGUGCUCCUCUCAUGCAGUGCAACCUGUGCUCCUCUCAUGCAGUGCAACCUGUGCUCCUCUCAUGCAGUGCAACCUGUGCUCCUCUCAUGCAGUGCAACCUGUGCUCCUCUCAUGCAGUGCAACCUGUGCUCCUCUCAUGCAGUGCAACCUGUGCUCCUCUCAUGCAGUGCAACCUGUGCUCCUCUCAUGCAGUGCAACCUGUGCUCCUCUCAUGCAGUGCAACCUGUGCUCCUCUCAUGCAGUGCAACCUGUGCUCCUCUCAUGCAGUGCAACCUGUGCUCCUCUCAUGCAGUGCAACCUGUGCUCCUCUCAUGCAGUGCAACCUGUGCUCCUCUCAUGCAGUGCAACCUGUGCUCCUCUCAUGCAGUGCAACCUGUGCUCCUCUCAUGCAGUGCAACCUGUGCUCCUCUCAUGCAGUGCAACCUGUGCUCCUCUCAUGCAGUGCAACCUGUGCUCCUCUCAUGCAGUGCAACCUGUGCUCCUCUCAUGCAGUGCAACCUGUGCUCCUCUCAUGCAGUGCAACCUGUGCUCCUCUCAUGCAGUGCAACCUGUGCUCCUCUCAUGCAGUGCAACCUGUGCUCCUCUCAUGCAGUGCAACCUGUGCUCCUCUCAUGCAGUGCAACCUGUGCUCCUCUCAUGCAGUGCAACCUGUGCUCCUCUCAUGCAGUGCAACCUGUGCUCCUCUCAUGCAGUGCAACCUGUGCUCCUCUCAUGCAGUGCAACCUGUGCUCCUCUCAUGCAGUGCAACCUGUGCUCCUCUCAUGCAGUGCAACCUGUGCUCCUCUCAUGCAGUGCAACCUGUGCUCCUCUCAUGCAGUGCAACCUGUGCUCCUCUCAUGCAGUGCAACCUGUGCUCCUCUCAUGCAGUGCAACCUGUGCUCCUCUCAUGCAGUGCAACCUGUGCUCCUCUCAUGCAGUGCAACCUGUGCUCCUCUCAUGCAGUGCAACCUGUGCUCCUCUCAUGCAGUGCAACCUGUGCUCCUCUCAUGCAGUGCAACCUGGUGCUCCUCUCAUGCAGUGCAACCUGUGCUCCUCUCAUGCAGUGCAACCUGUGCUCCUCUCAUGCAGUGCAACCUGUGCUCCUCUCAUGCAGUGCAACCUGUGCUCCUCUCAUGCAGUGCAACCUGUGCUCCUCUCAUGCAGUGCAACCUGUGCUCCUCUCAUGCAGUGCAACCUGUGCUCCUCUCAUGCAGUGCAACCUGUGCUCCUCUCAUGCAGUGCAACCUGUGCUCCUCUCAUGCAGUGCAACCUGUGCUCCUCUCAUGCAGUGCAACCUGUGCUCCUCUCAUGCAGUGCAACCUGUGCUCCUCUCAUGCAGUGCAACCUGUGCUCCUCUCAUGCAGUGCAACCUGUGCUCCUCUCAUGCAGUGCAACCUGUGCUCCUCUCAUGCAGUGCAACCUGUGCUCCUCUCAUGCAGUGCAACCUGUGCUCCUCUCAUGCAGUGCAACCUGUGCUCCUCUCAUGCAGUGCAACCUGUGCUCCUCUCAUGCAGUGCAACCUGUGCUCCUCUCAUGCAGUGCAACCUGUGCUCCUCUCAUGCAGUGCAACCUGUGCUCCUCUCAUGCAGUGCAACCUGUGCUCCUCUCAUGCAGUGCAACCUGUGCUCCUCUCAUGCAGUGCAACCUGUGCUCCUCUCAUGCAGUGCAACCUGUGCUCCUCUCAUGCAGUGCAACCUGUGCUCCUCUCAUGCAGUGCAACCUGUGCUCCUCUCAUGCAGUGCAACCUGUGCUCCUCUCAUGCAGUGCAACCUGUGCUCCUCUCAUGCAGUGCAACCUGUGCUCCUCUCAUGCAGUGCAACCUGUGCUCCUCUCAUGCAGUGCAACCUGUGCUCCUCUCAUGCAGUGCAACCUGUGCUCCUCUCAUGCAGUGCAACCUGUGCUCCUCUCAUGCAGUGCAACCUGUGCUCCUCUCAUGCAGUGCAACCUGUGCUCCUCUCAUGCAGUGCAACCUGUGCUCCUCUCAUGCAGUGCAACCUGUGCUCCUCUCAUGCAGUGCAACCUGUGCUCCUCUCAUGCAGUGCAACCUGUGCUCCUCUCAUGCAGUGCAACCUGUGCUCCUCUCAUGCAGUGCAACCUGUGCUCCUCUCAUGCAGUGCAACCUGUGCUCCUCUCAUGCAGUGCAACCUGUGCUCCUCUCAUGCAGUGCAACCUGUGCUCCUCUCAUGCAGUGCAACCUGUGCUCCUCUCAUGCAGUGCAACCUGUGCUCCUCUCAUGCAGUGCAACCUGUGCUCCUCUCAUGCAGUGCAACCUGUGCUCCUCUCAUGCAGUGCAACCUGUGCUCCUCUCAUGCAGUGCAACCUGUGCUCCUCUCAUGCAGUGCAACCUGUGCUCCUCUCAUGCAGUGCAACCUGUGCUCCUCUCAUGCAGUGCAACCUGUGCUCCUCUCAUGCAGUGCAACCUGUGCUCCUCUCAUGCAGUGCAACCUGUGCUCCUCUCAUGCAGUGCAACCUGUGCUCCUCUCAUGCAGUGCAACCUGUGCUCCUCUCAUGCAGUGCAACCUGUGCUCCUCUCAUGCAGUGCAACCUGUGCUCCUCUCAUGCAGUGCAACCUGUGCUCCUCUCAUGCAGUGCAACCUGUGCUCCUCUCAUGCAGUGCAACCUGUGCUCCUCUCAUGCAGUGCAACCUGUGCUCCUCUCAUGCAGUGCAACCUGUGCUCCUCUCAUGCAGUGCAACCUGUGCUCCUCUCAUGCAGUGCAACCUGUGCUCCUCUCAUGCAGUGCAACCUGUGCUCCUCUCAUGCAGUGCAACCUGUGCUCCUCUCAUGCAGUGCAACCUGUGCUCCUCUCAUGCAGUGCAACCUGUGCUCCUCUCAUGCAGUGCAACCUGUGCUCCUCUCAUGCAGUGCAACCUGUGCUCCUCUCAUGCAGUGCAACCUGUGCUCCUCUCAUGCAGUGCAACCUGUGCUCCUCUCAUGCAGUGCAACCUGUGCUCCUCUCAUGCAGUGCAACCUGUGCUCCUCUCAUGCAGUGCAACCUGUGCUCCUCUCAUGCAGUGCAACCUGUGCUCCUCUCAUGCAGUGCAACCUGUGCUCCUCUCAUGCAGUGCAACCUGUGCUCCUCUCAUGCAGUGCAACCUGUGCUCCUCUCAUGCAGUGCAACCUGUGCUCCUCUCAUGCAGUGCAACCUGUGCUCCUCUCAUGCAGUGCAACCUGUGCUCCUCUCAUGCAGUGCAACCUGUGCUCCUCUCAUGCAGUGCAACCUGUGCUCCUCUCAUGCAGUGCAACCUGUGCUCCUCUCAUGCAGUGCAACCUGUGCUCCUCUCAUGCAGUGCAACCUGUGCUCCUCUCAUGCAGUGCAACCUGUGCUCCUCUCAUGCAGUGCAACCUGUGCUCCUCUCAUGCAGUGCAACCUGUGCUCCUCUCAUGCAGUGCAACCUGUGCUCCUCUCAUGCAGUGCAACCUGUGCUCCUCUCAUGCAGUGCAACCUGUGCUCCUCUCAUGCAGUGCAACCUGUGCUCCUCUCAUGCAGUGCAACCUGUGCUCCUCUCAUGCAGUGCAACCUGUGCUCCUCUCAUGCAGUGCAACCUGUGCUCCUCUCAUGCAGUGCAACCUUCAUGCAUGCAGACUACCCGGCAUCAUCAGUAGCGCUGCUGCAAGAGUGGGUCUCAGUAGCACCACAGCCCACUCCCCCUCUCCCCCCACCGCAACCCCCUGCCGUUGACGCGCACGCCCUGCCGCUGUCGUGCCACGCGUGCCCGGCGUGCCCUCUCUACACAGGCGCCUGGACCCCCUGUGCUGCCCCGCCGCAUGUGGAUGGGUCCACUCAGCAGGGCGGGCAGGGGAUGGACGCCAGCAGCAGCAGCAGCAGCAGCAGCAGCGGCGAGGGGCGUGACGAGGCACGCUACUCUCGCGCCUCCUGCCCGCUGCUGCACCCCACCAUGGACUGCCGCGUGCCCGGCCGCCCUGCCAGCAUGGCAGGCUACGACCACUACUGCUGGCGCCCCCAUGCGUGCCACCUGCCGCUCUUUGACCCCGCUGACUUCCUGCACCGGUUCCGCAACCGAGUGAUAGCGUUCAUAGGGGACUCCAUGGCCCAGCAGCAGUUCGUCUCCCUCAUGUGCCUCCUCCUCACCCCCCCUCGCCCCCCCUCCUCCACCACCGCACACAAUACCACCGCCAACCCCGACACCACUGCCACAAGCACCAGCAGUACCACUACUGUUUUCGCUGGCCGCAGCAGCAACGGAAUCAGGUCGAACAGCAGCAGCAGCCCUUCCCGACCCACCUUUCGUCCUGUGUCUAAGAAGUUUCAGCUGAGCUGGGAGGCAGGCUGGCAGGGGUGGAACGGCAUAGCAUACCGAUUGGUGGAGUUCAACACCACCAUCCUGCACAAGUGGACCACCUCGCUUUGCCACAUGGCAGUCAACGACUGGUCGAACGCAUCGCAGGUGCAUGCAGUGCAUCUGGACAGGCCGGACGAGUUCCUGCAGGCGUACCUGCCUCAGAUAGACCUGCUCGUGCUCAACACCGGCCCGCACUGGUCGCGGUGGGAGGUGGCCGACUAUCACUGGCGCUUCCACGUGAGCACCCAGCCUGUGAGCCCCGAGCAGCAGCGCAAGCUGGAGGCAAACCCUCUCCUUGGCGCCUACACAGCGCUGCGCACCACCGUUGCCUGGAUCUUGAAGCAUGGGAGAAGGGGAGGGGGGGGGCGGGACGGGGAUGCGGCUGGAAAGCUUGGGAGAGAUGCGUACAGUGGGGAGAAAGGGACGCACCGUGGGGCUGGGAUUGAUGGAGUCAGUGCUGCGGGGGAGGGUGUUUUUGGAAACGAAUUUAAGGAGGCUGUUGAACAGGCGAGUGGCGUGGAGGGGGUGGGUGGAGCGUGCAAGGGGGGGGGCGGGGGCAGGGCGCUGAUGGUGGUGGUGCUGGGGCAGCCGUCAGUGCACACCAACGGCUCCGACGCCGGCUGCCAUACCCUGCCCCCGUUUCUAACAGCAAGGGAGGUUGAGCAGCUUUCAUUUUUGUCCCGGGACUGGUUUGCAGAGGCUGCAGUUGCAGACGCCAUUGCAGCACACGCAGCAGCAGUGGAUGCCGAAGCACCAGCAUUCGCUGAUCCAGCAGCCGAUUCAGAACCAAUCCCACGUGACACCUCCGUUUCUAUUCCUGACUACCUCCCGGACCCCCGGACUCCAUGGUUGGCAUCCUCGGUGCGGCCACGCGCCUCUCUGCCGGUGCACCUGCUUGAUGUCACCGGCCUCACGUCCACACGCCCCGACGCACACAAGUCCAAGUGGCACGCGGGAGACAACAGCAGUGACGGCGAGCAGGGAGACUGCGUGCACUGGUGCCUGCCGGGCGUGCCUGAUGUCUGGAACGACCUGCUUUAUUCACAUGUGGUGCGCAGCGGCUGCUUCCCGCGUGACUCACCCCUCACCGCUAACCACUGCUGA